AUGAAUGACCCUCGUCCAUACCACAUACUCGGCUAUGGCACCCUUCUGGGCACACAGUUCUUCCAGUCCUUCGUCGGUGGCAUAGUCGCAUUCCGCGCCUUGCCGCGUCCCCAAUUUGCCAGUCUGCAAUCCGCCAUUUUCCCCGUCUACUUCUCCAUCCAGACAGCACUCCCGGUGGCUGUAGCUUUGACCGCCAGCGCCGGUGGUAAAGCACUAGGUAUUUCUGGCCUUAUGGCCCCUGAGAACCGCUACAACACCACGCUGCCACUGGCCGCUGUUGCCCUCGCAGGCCUGGUUAACAAUUUUGUUCUGCGCCCGAUCACUAUCAAGAUUAUGCGCGAGCGUAAGCACCAGGAAACUCGCGAUGGAAAGAAGAGCUAUGACCCUGCUCCUCACUCUAAGGAGAUGUUGUCCUUGAACAAGAAGUUUGGUCGUGUGCAUGGUGUUUCGAGUCUGAUCAACAUGGCUGCUUUUAUUGCGACGAUCUACUAUGGUGUCGUUCUGAGCAAGCGACUUGAGUAG